UCUCGCGGAUCUGCGGUAGAGAUCAGUUGUGCCAUUACGAGAUCGGAGGAAUAAGUUUCGCCCUAUAAUCACUGCAUCGAACGUUGAACUCUUUUUUUGAAGUGUUCGUCGUUCAGUUGCGUCGCGACGCAACGAAGUCAGAAUGUUGCUGGCAUAUCGUCGGUCCACGGUGUUCAUAAAAAUAUAGAAGGGGGAAGGGGAGAAAGCGGUUGAAGUCGGCGACGACGACGACUAGUACGACGAAAAUCUAAAAGAAAAACACCUCCAUCAGCGUGUACCAUAUAGAAGCGAAUGUAUUCAGCAGCGAAAGUUGACCAAGAAAGUGCACGGAUCCCAAGCAAUCAAUCAAUCGUUUGGUCAUACAUCAUUUAUAUAAACCAACAGACCUUGUUGCACAAAAACCAAAGACCAGAAGCAAAAAAACCAGCUACUAUACGCUCCAACUAGAACUGAGAUUGCCAAAAAUUGGACCUCUGGUCGAAAUUUCGGAUGUAGAACAUGUCGACACGACGGGCUCACUCACUGCCACCGCAUAUGCUCGAACCGGCCAAGCGGGAACGUGGACGAUGCGUCACAGCCAUCUGUUUUUCGUGGAAAGUGAUCACUUGUAUUGUGUCGCACGUGACACUGAUUCUGAUGGUGGUGUGCUAUUGUGUCGGUGGGGCCUAUCUCUUUCAGCAUUUGGAAGGAGAACACGAAACUGAGGUGAAAAAGGACAUACACAAAAUGCGCAACAAUUUAACCGAGAUCAUCUGGAAGCACUCGGACAAUCAAACCUUUCUGCAGGAGACAGAAUGGAAGGAACAAAUACAGGGAAAACUAAUGUUUUUCGAAAAACAAAUUCUUACCGCCAUGAAAAGCAAUGGCUGGGAUGGAGAUGACAACAUAAACACAACACAAUGGACAUUUGCAGGAUCUUUGUUUUAUUCGAUCAUCGUUAUCACAACAAUAGGUUAUGGCCACAUAUCUCCCCGCACAGAUUGGGGUAAAGUUACCACAAUUUUCUACGCCAUAGUGGGUAUUCCCCUAAUGCUGCUGUGCCUCUCCAAUAUUGGCGAUGUCAUGGCUACAUCAUUUCGUUUCAUUUAUUGGCGUGUCUGCUGCUACAUCUGCACCAGAAAUUCCAACAAAAAUCGACGCUCAAGACAGCGUUCCAUAAAGGCUCAGCGUUAUGCAUCGCGCUCUCAGCCGCCUCCCUUUCGCAGAUCCAUGCGAAUGUCCCAAAGGCCUGGGCGGCAUGGCGGUCUACAACAUGCCUACUCAGAUCCCGAAUUAAGAACUGUAGGUCGCAAUGGCUACGAUCGAGAUUUUGAUUAUGAUCGCCAUGGAGAUCGACGUUUUAAUGAGUCAGUGGGUCGGGAUCGUAGGCGUGAUCAUCAUAUGGUGCCAGCACCGCCUUUAACUAGAGGUGGCUCAAGACGCCAGCUUCCCUAUGACGAUGAUCAAAUGAUGGACGAAAGUCCGCAGUAUACACAAACCCUCAACAGAGGAGGACGAUUUAGUGGACGUCAAAGUCGUAAAGAUCGCAUGCAUGAUCGCCAUACUGUGGAGCGCGAACAUCAUUUGAGUAGAUCCAAACAUCAUUUCGAUUCGGUGGAGGAUUUUGAAGAUCUGCCGCCCACCACAAAGCGAGCAAUGAGCGUUAGAUCCAUGAGAUCACCUCAGAUGAGGCGCGAUGAGAUUUCCAGAGAGUCCCGAGAAUUAAAAGAAAGAGAAUUGAAAGAACUCAAUCGUCUCAAUACCCAUCAAAACAUGCAGCGAGGCAAAUCGAUGCCUCACUCGAAUGCCCGAACUAGGGCUAAGUCAGUGGAUCCCCGUUUGUCAGCGCCGCAAUACGAGGAUGUGGACGAAGAGGUGGUGCGCAAAACGCCCAUUAUAUCCAAUCGUUAUGCCAUUACCGAAAUGGAACAUCGUGAAUCUCGUAGUAAAAGCUACAUGAGGAGUCAAUCUAUGCCUCGUUCGGCCUUCCAUAAAAAUAGUUUAAAUCAACCCUCGCCACGAGAACAACAGCAGCAUGCGUCAUCCAGACAUUAUAACAACGAGGAGGCCAGUCAUUCGAAUGGUGGUAAUCGCCGUUCGAUGCCAAAAUAUUCGCCUAGACCUGUAAGUGCAACUCGACCCACAUCACUUGGCCCUCACCCCAGCAAUGGUGCGAGAUAUGGCAAUCAUUUGGAACUGCCCGAGUACUCAUCCAGUCAUCGCAUGAAACGUGGACCAUCGCCCAGACGUCAUGAGAUCUAUGAUGAGGAAUAUGAAGAUCAAUAUAUCGAAGAUGUCGAUGAGUAUAUGCAGCCCCAGCAUAUGGAACGCAGAGAUCGUGGCGAUCGUAAUUAUGAUGAUAUCGAUUAUCAACGAUCGUCACUGAGAAGGGAGAGGAGGGCGAGAAAAGAGAAACAAGAACGUUUGCCACCCUCACCCCGCAUUAUGUCACCCAUGGGCUUUGCAGUCAAAAGGCAGAUCCGAAGACGCCCCAGUUACGACUAUGAUGAUGAUUCCAUGUAUGGUGAUGAUAUGAGUGAUUAUUAUGGUGAUAUACCGCCAAAAGAUCGUCCAGUACCCAUAUGGCUAUGUGUAUUUCUGGUAAUUAGUUAUAUAUUGGGUGGGGCAGCGUUGUUUGCCUACUGGGAGAAAUGGUCAUUUUUAGAUUCGGCGUAUUUUUGUUUUAUAACUCUAACAACAAUAGGUUUUGGAGACUUUGUGCCUGCCAAGGGUGUCAAAGAUGAAUCAGAACAAUCCAUAGCCUAUUGUUCAUUAUAUUUACUCUUCGGCAUAGCUUUGUUGGCCAUGAGUUUUAAUUUGGUACAAGAGGAAUUCAUAGCAAAUGUCAAAGAAGUGGCCCGUCGUUUGGGCAUCUUGAAAGAUGAAGACGAAGAUGAGGACUAGCCAGCCGUUAGAGAAAGUAACAAAUUAUGCAUUUUAGAUUUACGUUUUUGGAAAUUUUAUUUAUUUUUCUUUAAAGCUAAUUAUUUACACAAUCAAACAAACGAAAUACAAAAGCAACGUAUCAAAUAGAGAAGAACAUAAAAUAUCAUUUUGUA